AUUUUUGAAAAGGGGGUGAGUAGGGACCGUCCUUUAUUUAAAGCUAUGAAGCAGAUUUGCUUCUAAACACAGACCUGUGCAGUGCAGCGCCACCAUGUCAAUGGGCCCCGGGCCCCGAGAGGCCCCUGCACCUAGAGAGAAGCUAAUGAAGGAGCCCGGUCUAACGAUGGGGAUCUCAGCCCAAUCCAGUCCAGUGGGACUGCAGACGCUGCUUGACCUGUUGGUUGGAGUCUACCAGGAAUUCCAGUCCUCGGACACGGCGAGGGAUAAAUACAUCAGCCGCUUUCUGCAGUGGGCGGAGCCCCUGGUGAGACAGGUAAAGAAGACUCGCUUGAAGCGAGAUGAUUUUAACAUCUUGAAGGUGAUUGGUCGAGGUACCUUUAGUGAGGUAAGCAUCUGA